AUGAAAUUAAUCACCAUCCUUUUUCUUUGCUCCAGGCUGCUACCAAGUUUAACCCAGGAUUCCUCGCAAGAAAUCGACUGCAACGACCCGGAUGUAUUUCAAGCUGCGGACACUGCUCUGAAGAAAUAUAACAGUGGAAACAAAAGUGGCAACCAAUUUGUAUUGUACCGCGUAACUGAGGUCAUCAGGACGGAUGAUCCUGACACGUUUUAUUCCUUCAAGUACCAAAUCAAGGAGGGCAACUGUCCUGUUCAAAGUGACAAAACCUGGCAGGAUUGUGACUACAAUGACUCUGCACAAGCUGCUACAGGGGAAUGCACAGCGACGGUGGCCAAGAGGGGGAAUAUGAAGUUCUCCGUGGCUACCCAGACCUGCCAGAUUACUCCAGCCGAGGGCCCCCUGGUGACAGCCCAGUACGACUGCCUUGGCUGCCUGCACCCCAUAUCAACCGAAAGCCCCGACUUGGAACCUGUACUGAGACAUGCCAUUCAACACUUUAACAACAACACUGAUCACUCCCACCUCUUUGAUCUUAAAGAAGUAAAAAAGGCCCAAAGACAGGUGGUGGCUGGAUGGAACUAUGAAAUUACUUACUCAAUUGUGCAGACUAAUUGUUCCAAGGAGAAUUUUCUAUUCUUAACUCCAGACUGCAAGUCCCUUUCAAAUGGUAAUAUCGGUGAAUGUACAGAUAAAGCAUACGUGGAUAUCCAGCUAAGAAUUGCUUCCUUCUCGCAGAAAUGUGACCUUUAUCCAGGGGAGGAUUUUGUACAACCACCCACCAGGAUUUGCGCUGGCUGUCCCAUAUCUAUACCUGUCAACAGCCCAGAGCUGGAGGAGCCUCUGGAACAUUCCAUCGCAAAGCUUAAUGUAGAGAAUAAUGGAACCUUCUAUUUCAAGAUUGACACUGUGGAAAAAGCAACAGUGCAGGUGGUAGCUGGAAAAAAAUAUUCUAUUGUGUUCACGGCCAGGGAAACCACAUGUUCUAAGGAAAGUAAUGAAGAGUUGACGAAAAGUUGUGAGAUCAAUAAACAUAGUCUAAUUCUAAACUGUAAAGCUGAUGUUUACGUGGUACCUUGGGAGAAAAAAAUUUACCCUACUGUCAACUGUCAAUCACUUGGACAGACCACACUGAUGAAAAGGCCUCCAGGUUUUUCACCUUUCCGAUCAGUACCAGUGGAGAAAACUAAAGAAGGAACAAUCGUAAGUCCACCCCACACUUUCCUGGCACCUGUACAAGAUGAAGAGCAGGAUUCAGGAAAAGAACAAGGACCCACUCAUAGGCAUGGCUGGGGCCAUGGAAAGCAAAUAAAACAUGGCCUUGGCCAUGGCCAUAAACAUGAGCAUGACCAAGGCCAUGGACACCAAAAGGGUCAUGAUCUUGGCCAUGGGCACCAAAGGGGUCAUGGACAUCAAGGGGGACAUGGCCUAGCCCAUGGACAUAAGCAUGGUCAUGGCCACGGAAAACAUAAAAAUAGAGGAAAAAACAAUGGAAAGCACGAUGGUUGGAGAACAGAGUAUUUGGCAAAUUUUUAUGAAGAUAGUACUACCUCUUCUUCACAGGUACAAAAGAAGAUAGAAGGGCCAACACCCUUCCCUUCCCUAGCCCAGCCAAGUGUAGCCAAUACCUUUCCUAACUUACAGGACUCAGAUCUCGUUGCAACUGUGAUGCCUAAUACACUACCACCUCCCACAGAGAGUGAUGAUGAUUGGAUCCCUGACAUCCAGAUAGAGCCAAAUAGCCUUGCAUUUAAACUGAUUCCAGAUUUUCCAGAAACAACUUCCCCCAAAUGUCCUGGACGCCCCUGGAAGCCAGUUAAUGGAGUGAAUCCAACUGUAGAAAUGGAAGAAUUUCAUGAUUUCAGUCUCUCUGAUGCUCUUUAUUAA